AUGGCAGCAGCAGCUCUCCAGCGCCUUGUGCGCUUCGUGCCCAAAUCUAAUCCUUCCAAAAUUCUUAUCGGUCAGCCCGCAGACAAGGACAUUGAUGUCGGCGCUGCGCUGCGCAAGGGUCGUGAGGUUGCCGUGAAUGUCUGGUCAGGCUCUUCUGUUCUGGCGCCUGGAGACUCAACCGGCACUACUGAGACUAUUGAUCGUGUGCUUUCGCCCCUUGCUCAAAGUGAGGUUGGUACUGUUCGAUGUAUUGGUCUAAACUAUCGGAAACAUGCCGCCGAGGUUGGUGUUGAACCUCCCACCAUCCCGACGGUUUUCAUGAAGCCCAGCACAACCAUACUUGAUCCCUGGCCAGCUCGGGGAAUCAUUCCCAGUGUCACUCAGGUUGACAACUCUGGCGACUACGAAGCAGAGCUGGCUGUGGUCAUUGGCAAGGCAGCCAAGAACGUCAGCGAAGCGGAUGCUCUAGACUAUGUCCUCGGAUAUACUGCUGCCAACGACGUGUCAAGUCGUACUCAGCAGCUUAACCAGUCCCAGUGGUCCUUUUCUAAGAGCUUUGACGGAGCCUGCCCUCUGGGCCCUACACUUGCCCUCAAGUCUUCGAUUCCUGACCCUUCCAAGCUUUACCUGCGGGGCAUUAAGAACAAUGAAGUUGUUCAAGAAAGCGGUAUCGACGACCUGAUCUUCAGCAUCCCCCAAAUCGUCAGCUGGCUAUCUCAAAGCACAACACUGCCUCCAGGAACCGUCAUCAUCACUGGAACCCCUGCCGGUGUAGGAAUGGGAAGGACGCCCAAGGAUUCACUAAAGGGAGGCGAUGAGUUUGCGGUGGAGAUUCUGCCUCAUAUUGGUACGCUUACAAAUGUCUUUGAGAACGAAAAAGAUGGCCACAUCGCGAGGUUGUAA